AUGGCUUCCUCGGCAGCGAGCCUUGCAAAGAUGUGCCAGAAGAACGGCUUGUGCAAAGCGUUUUAUCCCCAGGACCUGCGGCACGACGUGUGCCGAGGCCUCUGGCCGAGUGAAGAGAUGCUCGAGGACACCGACAAGUGCGUGAGAGCCAUAAAGGCCUUGAACUCGGUCCUUGUCGCAGACAGCUAUGGCGGUGUGGACGCGGUCAAGUGGGCCCGCAACGUCUACAACUCGAGGCAUCCCCUUCACCUGGUCUUAGACCUGAGUGCAAUAAGCCCGGACCUUGGCACUGGCUGCCUUUGGCUGGGGGGUGAAGCUGCAAGCAGCGACAUCAACCUCCUCCAGAAGAACGGCAUCUCCGUCAUCCUGCCUGCGGCGAAGAAGCCGGCGAUCGCCGAGAGCGUCACCCUGAAGGUGUAUCCACCGUUGGAUGGCACCGGCGUAAGCCAAGGUGACAUACAGAUGAGCUAUGUGCUGGAGGUCUUGGACCAGGUUAUCGAUGACCUUCUGAACGGGCUUUCAGUGCUCAUCCACUGCAUGAACGGAGCGCACAGGUCUUCGACAUUGUUGGCAGCGAUGUUGAUGCGCAUGUGCGACAAGGGAGCCCACGAGACCAUGAACUACGUCACGGCGUGCCGCAACAUAGUCGACUUCAACAGCUACCCUCCUAAACGCCAAGGGCGCGUGGCUUCCCUCAGGCCAGCAGACUUUCUGGUUCAGCAGGAGAAGGUCAUCCGGGCAGGGUCUGCUGACCGCGACAUUGUGGUGGACUUCAACGACAUGCAGACCCCGAUGUUGUUCAGGAGGAAGUGCCUCGAGCUGGGUUUCAGGACAGUGGCGGCGAGACCCAAAGCACUCACAGCCCCCCAGCACUUCAGCCUGUCGUCCUCUAUGGCUAUGGAGGAUGUUGAGCAGGGCAGGAAGAGGCGGUGUCCGCAGCCCAUGGCUCCCCCGCAAGUUGUGAAGAGAGAGGAAUCCUCGGCCUCGGGUUCUGAGUCAGGGUUCCCUGAGCAGGGCAUGGUCUCUGACCAGGGAGGAACAACAAGUCAGUACGAGAUGGUCACCUCGAACCCGGCAUUUGAAUCCGACAUCUACGCCGACUCGGAUGGGGAUUAUGACUUGGUCAACAUUACCUCCGAUGCUGCUGACAGCAUGGAUCGCCUCGUCAACCGUCGAGAGAAGCGCGUCUCGGACUCGGACCAUCAGUCUGAGGACGUUGGCGAAGCUGAUACAGAAGAGGUUCGAGCAAGCCAGUUCAGCAACCUUCGAGCGAUCAUGUAUGACCUGAAGCAGCUGGAUGCCAAGCUUUCCAACUUUAUGAUGAAUACUGACCUUGCCUCUGGUAGUGGUGGGCCUGCGGCCGUGUCGACCCCCCGCCGCGAGAUGGACACCGUCGGGGAUGCAGAAGAGAGUGACGACAGUGCCAACUACCAGCCAGGUCCAGCACCUCCUGCUGAUGCAAACCAGGAUGACGACGCCGCCGCCGCAGCAGAGGAAGAAGAGGCAGAAGAGGACGCACCGCCAAAGGACUUUGAGGAGGUCAUGAGGGAGCUCGAAGGAGCUGGGGCAGCCGGUGAGGUCUUGGACCGGGUUGUCAAGCUCUUGGAGUCCCAGCGUCUCCAAACGCAACGACUCCUGCACCAAGAGGAGGAGCGUCGCACAACCAAGGGCAUGGUCGACAAAGUGCUCGGCACGAUGUUGUCCAAUCGACCACAGGACGUGAUGCCGAUGCUGGAGGUGCUCGGCCCAGCGCAGAUCAUGGCGCUCGCUGACACGAACGGGAUGACGAUCUUGCAUCACGCUGCAAGGAUGGGGUAUUACCUGGUCUGUGACAAAGUCCUCUCAGUAAAUCCUGGAAUGGCCGAUGCAAUCACAAAGGUCGACGGAAAGCCAGCAAUGUGGACUCCGCUCAUGGUUUUGGUUGACCAGUGGGUCUUUACGGACAAUAAGUGCAACGUCCUGAAGAGUUUGAUCGACUACUCCAGCGUGCAGACGAUCAUGUCACGGUCUUUGACUGGGUCCACAGCAUUGAUGAUGGCUGCGUCGAGAGGCAAUGACUAUGUGGUGAAGAGGAUCCUCUUCGGGCUCUAUUACAAGAUGGGGUCCUCAGAGGCGGCUUUUUCCAGGAUUUCGCAGCACAUCAACCAGCAGGGUCCACAUGGCAAGGGAUGUGUGGAUGCCGCUCUCAAAACCCGCAUCAGUCUGGCCAAUUACUUGCAGCGGACAUGGGGUGGUGUGCCGCAGCUGCCACCGCCUUCCUAUGAGUCUGCUUACCGCUACGACCGCACCCCAAGACGCGGAUAG